AUGUCCCUCCUGCAGUGUCCCCGGCAAUGUAAUCCGGCGAAUGCCGGCAUCUGUAAUCUGGGUUCCAUCCCCUGCGAGCGUCGGGAAGUACAGGGGACGGAACGGCGAGAAAUUUGAAAAUGACAAAAAUAUAACAUUACUGUAUCAAGGCAUUUCACAUACAUUUUGUCCCGAGUGCUUUGUCCUGUGCCCUGCCUGCAUUUUUACUGUUCUUUCUGCCUGGAAACUGAGAAAUGUCCAUGGCGUCCAAAAAGUGUCCCUUUAGGUCAAAAGCGGUUUUAGACCAGCUAGAGAACAGCGAUAGUAAAUUAGAACCACUUGCAGAAUUGA